AAAAAAAAAAAAAUAGGUUCUGGAUUUGCAAAACAAAAUUAAAUUAAUUAGCAACGUCGCAACUGCGUUUUUUGAGGUGAAAUAGGUCAAAAACAUUUAUGUGUAAAAAGAGAAUCUGUGUUACAACUGAACCCUACUGACAAAUUUUAACUCAAAAAGCUCCACUUUUUUAUCCGAAAAGACAUUGUGAAAAGCGCCAGAAGUGUGUACUUACUAUACUCGAACUUAGUCAAAAAUCUCAAAAUAUUGUACUGAAAAAAAGCUUUUAUAAAUUGUGUAAAGAUCGAACUAAAAUUAUAAAUCCAAAUUCUUGGGGACAGAGUAAUAAAAUUUUUAAUCACAUAUGUUUUUAAACACAAUUUUGAAAACAUUAGUUUCCAUUCAGACAGGAUUUACUUUUGUCAAGUUGGUAUUUGAUAAUUUUUUGUCAGGUUGGUAUUUGAUAAAUUUGAGUGAUAAAAGUCAUGCUAUCAAACUCAUUUCCAAUCAAAGUGACCUGUGACUUUGAAAUUAAAUUAGCAACAAUAAUUUAUUAAUGAUAUCCUGCAUGUGAGAUUGCGUCAAGUGACGGCUUUGCCAGCGACCGCCCCGCGGAAACGUAUGACAAUUGAUUAUAAAAGUGUGACGUUUGAAUUCAAUAGUUUUUUGCCAACUUAAUUUAAAAGUCAUAGGACACUUUGAUCAGAAUUUUUUUGAAAGCGUGGAUGUUUCAGUGGGAUAUUUUUAUCACCCCACUCUUAUUAUAAUUAUCUGAAAAGUACCCCUCCAUAAAACUUGAAUAGGUUUUAUGUCCCCUAUGAUGACUCGCAUACUUAUUUUAUCGUAAGCAAGUCUAAACUUGCUACGUGUUAAAUUAUUUUCAUAAGUUUUUUAUUUAUAAAUAAUUAAUUAACCACAUUUUUGCCACAAAAUGAUUAUUAUCGCUAACGAAGAGGAAGAGAAAUAUAAAUCAAUCCCAUCCGAUUUAUACCAAUCCUCAGACUUCACCUACCUACCACCGACUGCCCCCUUUCCCCCUGACCAACCCACAAACUUGGGAACGGAGGAAUACCCAGGCCCUUUCAAAUUUGAAGUCCUCAUCAUCCCCAACGAGCAGAAGUCACCCUGGGAGUAUUCCGAGAAACUAAACAAAAUAUUCAUCGGCAUCAACUUGAAAUUCCCCGUCGCAUUCUCGUUGCAAAACCGCCCCCAGGACCUCCCUCUCUACAUCCGCGCCACCCCCGUGUUCAGCCAAACCCAGCACUUCCAAGACUUGGUCCACCGUUGCGUCGGCCAUCGCCACCCCCAGGACCAGUCCAACAAAGGCGUCGCCCCCCACAUCUUCCAACACAUUAUGAGAUGCAGCAACGAAAACGCUCAAUAUUUCGGAGAUAAAAACAACGGCUCGAGACUUAACAUCGUCGUCCCCUUGGCGCACCCCCAGGUGGGGGAAGACAUCGUCAAGGAGUUUUUCCAAUUCGUGUGCAAGAAUUCCUGUCCUUUGGGGAUGAAUCGGCGGCCGAUUGAUGUCGUUUUUACGUUGGAGGAUGAAAAUGGGGAGGUUUUUGGGAGGAGGCUGGUGGGGGUAAGGGUGUGUUCGUGUCCGAAACGUGAUAAGGAGAAGGAGGAGAAAGACGUGGAGAACGUCGCUCCGCCAAGGAGGAAGAAGAGGAAAUUAGAGGAUGAAGGACGAAGGGUUGUACCACAGGGUGGCAAUAGUGAUAAUAAAAUUUUUACGUUAAAUGUUAACAUUGUUGGGAAAAACAAUUAUUUACAUGCUCUCAAGAUGUGUCAAGAUAUGAUGGCUAAUGAAAUUUUGAAAAGGCAAGAACAAGGAAAUGGUGAUGAUUCUGCUUCUAGGAAUUGUUACAAUGAAAUAACCAUCAUGUUAAAUCGCAUGUCCAACUAGUUUUAUUUCUACGUUAAAUUUUAUACUUAAUUAAUUUUAAAUGCAAUCUAUGCUUUACUGGAAACAUCAGUGUUGCUACCUCAUAUUCCAGUUUAUUUUUGUAUUUUUAUCAAUAAAAUUCUAUAUUUUUAUGACA